AUGACUACUUCAACUGGUUAUCCGCCUCUGCCGGAUUCCCCCCCGCUAUCAGCGGGCCAACCUGACGAAGUCAAAUCUUUUCUUCCUCAAUCAAGUUCUACGAAUGAGAGAGGCUCUACCGACCAAGCUUUGGAGCAUUUAGGACAUAUCGGUGACGGCGAUGCUACGAACCAAGCUCCAAGCCUUGAAGAUGAACAUGCAAAUGAGGCGGCCUUCCCAACAGAGCCUCUGGUCGUCAAUGGAGGAAUGGAGAUAUAUGAAGCCUCAAGAUCAGUGAGACGUCAAAGCGUUUUCGAACAAUCACAAGAUAAUAGCGGCUUUUCUGUGGCGGGUUUGGGGUCCAACGUACUUGUUGCGCCAGCCAUGGUGAGGAGUCACGGUUUCUAUGGCUUUCCCAACCAGCAGCAGCAGCAUUGCGCGAGUUAUCAACAACACGCCAUGCAAUAUCAGCAGCCAUACUGCCACCCGAUGGCACUCAACACCCUGUCGGAUUCUUCAAUCAAUUAUCAUUACGCCAAUGAGCUUAAUAGACGAGAUUGUCAGCUACAUGAAGUUCAGCGGGACAACCAUCACCUUCGUGAACAGCUCGAAGUCUCGAACUCUGGAAUGGCAGCCCAGAUGGCCGAAAACGAACAAUUGAGGAUAUCUAAUCAACAACUCAUCGCCCGCAAAGAGGUUUUGGAGGUUGACAAUGGUUCUAUGAAAGACCAAAUUAAAGAACUAUCAGUCGAGAAGGAAAAGCUCGAGAGCUCUGUCGCUGGAAAAGACACCGUCAUCGACACUUUAUCCAAUUCUGAUCGGCAGAAGACAGAGCAGCUUCAAGAGCUAUCGACCGAGAACGAAAAAUUGAUAGACCUUCUCCGUCGAAAGGAUGCAGUCAUCAUGGAACAAGGGGAGACCAACCACCAGCAAGAAGAGAAAAUCGACAGUCUAAGCGGUGCAAACACUGAUCUACAAGAGAGAGUCAGGUACUUAAACCUGCAAGCUGAAGCUGGAGAUGCAGUGAAUCACAUACUGCAGAUCUCACGCAGUGAGGCAACUAAAAACCUUGAGGGUGCUAUGCAGACCUGCAGUAUGUUGAGUGCCGAGCUUAUCCAGAGACAAACCACGAUCCAUGAACUCCAAAGGCGUCUCAACACCGAAAAGACUCAACACGACGGAGCUAUUCUCCAGGUCGAAAAGCUCAUGGAUGAAAAUGCAAAAUUGACAAAUGAACUCAAGGACAUUGCCUCAGCGCUGGAAACAACUAUGCGAGCAGCUAGAGAAGAGAGCAAGAGAGAUAAUUUGAGGACACAGGAAAUCAGGACGAACGUCCACAAACUGAUUACCAGACUAGAUGAGACGUCAAAAGCUCUUGAUGCUGCCACCAGUCGAAACAAAGCCAUGGAGCAGGAAAUUGAAGAGCUUUUGGCAAAGUCCGACAAGAAGUCUAAGGAGAAUGAGUCUCGAUCUAAGCGUCAGGCUCGUCUGAAUGCUAUAGCGAUGAACGAAACGCUUUCUAAAGAACUUGAGGAGCAGAAAGACAUAAAUCAGGCUGUAGAGACGGAGAAGAACCAAUGGCAACGGAAGUUUGAGCAGUUGAGUGCCGAGGUAUCUUCUCCUGACAGACAGACAUGUCUAUACAACAUGGGAAUGUUUCUCACAAUUCUCGUUGUCUUUUUUCUCGCAGCUGGAAUUCUGGCGGCUUGGUUGUCUGGUUUUGACGGAGUUUUCAGAAUGCUGGCCAUGCAACUUCUCUCACAUCAUCCAUAA